AUGGCAAUAUAUGACAAGAAGCACAGAAUGAGGGUAUUGAUCAUAUUCCGCAAACUCACCACCGUGUUUAAAAUCGUUAGAUGCGAAUUAAACCCUUUCAUAACCGGCGGGAAUUUCGUCAAAUACAAUAAGUACCCACACUCCGUGUAUAUAGUUUUUGCUUGUAAUUUCAGAUUUUUAUGUGGGGGCUCUGUGUUGAACCAAGCAAUAAUAUUAACUUCAGCCCACUGCUUCGAGGGGUGUGAUGUAAAGAAAUAUGAAAAAGUUGAAGUCAAAUAUGGUCACGAAAAAAUAACGAACAUGAAAUCUGUAAAUAUGAAGAAGUUUGUACUUCACGAGAAGUUUGAUGACUCAUCAUUGAUACACGAUGUAAGCUUACUGUUGACAGUUAAGAAUAUACCGUUGAGUAAUUCAGUGAAAAGGGUGGUUCUUAUGAAGAGACCGCCUACAGCAGAGUACGCUUAUGUUUCUGGAUGGGGCAUGGAUGAAAAAAAUAAACUGCAAGCGGCGAUGAAGCACACAUAUGCCAGGAUUCAGAAGACAGAGGUGUGUAAAAGCAUGGGUUCGCUGCCGUGGGGCGUCUUCUGUGCAGGGCCCUUGACGGGAGUCGGCGCCGCUGAUGAGGGUGACUCAGGCGGCGCUCUCGUCGUCAACGACUGCAUACAAAUCGGCCUAGUGUCAUACAAAGUGAGGAAAUUGAGUUUGGUCGCGUAUACUAAUGUUUCUCUAUAUUUGGAUUGGAUAAAAAAGCAUGCAAGAGCAUUAAGAUGUAGUGGUUAA